AUGUUCAGCUUCUUCCGAAAAAGUCAAGAUUCAAAGAAGGUUACAGUGCCAGACAGAGAAGCAGAUGGAUUUGUUAUUGUGGGUGACACAAUUGAUGAUCAAAGUAGAGAGUCAAAGGAUAAAACUUCAUUUCCAGAGGCCAGACCGAUGUGCAACCAACCUCCACAGAUAAAUACAGGGCACCGAUCACAGUUAACUGUAUCAAGUGCAGAGGUGGGAAACGAAAGGAGUCAAAAUUUGGAAAGCAGCCCUUUCAUGUCAGAUCUUCUGAGUGAUGUACCCUUUGCCCUGGCACCACAUGUGUUAGCAGUACAGGGCACCCAUAAUGACGUUCCUGACCGACUGCUCACCUACGACAUCAAUGAUAAUUUAUCAAGAUUUUGGUAUGACUUUACACUUGAAAAUUCAGUGCUUUGUGAUCCGCUGCAAAAAGUAUUUAACAAGAGGAUAUUCUCCUGCUUUGAAGAUGUGGAGACAGCAUGUGUACUUCCCCGUGGUGGUUGUGGAGUCCACUGUGUCACUCAACAGCAUCCCAUUUGGCUGGGAAACAAAGACAUGAGGAAAGGAGAUCUAACGCCUAACCACAUGUUUGGCCCUAAAUUGGAUGACCAGCAACAAGAAGUGUGCUAUGUGAAAACCUCAGAGAGUCACAAAGGACUUGUUUCUAAGUGGAAUGGGCAAAGGGCAGCAAAGAAAACACAGACAGAGGGAGAUAAGAGAGAAAUAAAAAUAAUGAAACAAGCAGGUAGAUACACUGGAAGCAGAGUAUUGAUGGCCUUACACCCAGCCUGUACUUUAAACCUGAGAGGCCAUCACACUGAGCUGGCUUCCUCCACGAAGCAAGACUCGCUGCGUUUUUCCUUCACCUCCAUUAGCAUCCUAUUUGCGUCAGAUCCAACAUAA